CUCGGCCAACAAACUGUGGGGUUGGUUGGCGGAGAGACCGCGCUGAGGGUUUUACGAUUAUGCUGCGAAUGACUCUUGGCGAAAGCAGUGCUGCUUUGAAUCUGAGUUAUGCUUCAGAUGCUCUCUGCCGUCACCGGGAUUUGGCUUCUUCUCCUAAUCAGUGCUGUGCGGGCUGGGAGGCGGCAAGUCGGAGUCGUCCUCCGAAUUCAGACAGUAAUGAUGCUCGUGCUCCCAAUGAUGAUGACAACGGCCAGACUUCUUCUUCUUCUUCUUAGCUACUUUCAAUUACUAAUCCACAUAGGAAUCUAUUUCCUACCGUCAAUUAGCUAGGGUUCUAGUCAAACAAGGAUUCCUAUUUGAUUGUGGAUCACUCAAACUCUAUAUAUACAUCGAUCAUGGAUCAGUUUCAUCGUUCAAUCCCUCUCAGUUGUUUCUCGUAGGCACGCAUUCGUAUACCAAAAACACUUUCUCAAGUAAUAUUUCGUUCUCAAAGCUUUCUAAGUAAAUAUAAUUAAUAAUGGCAUUGGUGGCUGAGAAAGCCAAAGGUGAGGGUCCAGCAAUUGGUAUCGACCUCGGAACAACAUAUUCAUGUGUUGGUGUUUGGCAACAUGAUCGGGUUGAGAUCAUAGCCAAUGACCAAGGCAACAGAACAACUCCGUCUUAUGUUGCUUUCACUGACACUCGGCGCUUGAUAGGUGAUGCUGCCAAGAACCAGGCCGUCAUGAACCCCAUUAAUACUGUUUUUGAUGCAAAGCGUUUGAUUGGUAGGAGAUUCAGUGAUUCAUGUGUUAGAAGUGACAUGAAGUUAUGGCCUUUCAAGGUGAUUUCUGGCGAUAAUAACAAACCGAUGAUUGUGGUCAAGUAUAAGAAUGAAACAAAACAAUUAGCUCCGGAAGAGAUAUCAUCAAUGGUUCUCUAUAAGAUGCGUGAAAUAGCAGAGGUCUAUCUUGGAUCGGUAGUAAAGAAUGCAGUUGUAACUGUCCCAGCAUAUUUUAAUGACUCUCAACGACUGGCCACAAAGGACGCUGGUUUAAUUGCCGGUAUGAACGUUAUGCGUAUCAUCAAUGAGCCAACAGCUGCGGCAAUUGCUUAUGGUCUUGACAAAAAAGUCAGUAGCACUGGUGGGAAGCAUGUUCUCAUAUUCGAUCUUGGUGGUGGUACCUUUGAUGUCUCCAUUCUUAAAAUUGAAGAUGAGAUUUUUGAAGUGAAAGCUACUGCUGGAGAUACUCAUCUUGGAGGUGAAGAUUUUGACAAUAGAAUGGUGAACCAUUUUGUACAAGAGUUCGAGAAGAAACACAAGAAGGACAUUAGCAAAAACCCUAAAGCAUUGAGGAGAUUGAGAACAUCUUGUGAGAGAGCGAAAAGGACUCUUUCUUCAACUACUGAAACCACUAUUGAAAUUGAUUCUAUAUUUGAGGGUAAAGACUUUUUCUCCAAAAUAACGAGAGCAAAAUUUGAGGAGCUCAAUAUGGAUCUUUUUUUAAAAUGUAUGGAGUCUGUGGAGAAUUGUAUGAGGGAUGCUAAAAUAGACAAUAGCAUCAUUCAUGAUAUUGUUCUUGUCGGUGGAUCUACUAGAAUUCCCAAGCUACAACAGCUAUUGCAGGAUUUUUUUAAUGGUAAGGAGCUUUGCAAAAAUAUCAAUCCAGAUGAAGCAGUUGCAUAUGGCGCUGCCGUACAGGCUGCAGUUUUAAGCGGUGGCGUUGAGAAGGUUCAGGAUUUACUCUUGCUGGAUGUGACUCCACUUUCCCUUGGUGUGUGGCGUUAUACAGGGAAAACAACUGUUAUGAUCCCAAGAAACACUACUAUUCCCACCAAGAAAGAAAAAGUUUUCACAACCAUCAUGCAAAACCAAUAUGGUAUAAUUAUAGAUGUUGUUGAGGGUGAAAGAAUAAUGGCCCGAGAUAACAAAUUGUUGGGUGGACUGGUACUCUCCGGCUUACCUUUUAGUCCAAAAGGUGUACCUUCGAUCAGUGUUUGCUUCGAGAUAGAUGCGAAUGGAAUUUUGGUUAUCUCUGCAGAGGAGAUAUUAUUAACAGGGAGGAAGAAAAAGAUCACAAUCAAUGAUUACAAAAAUAGGUUACAUAGUUGGGAAAUAGAGAAGAUGGUAAAGGAGGCGGAGAAGUACAAGGCAGAGGAUGAGGAGAACAAAAAGAAAGAAGAGGCUAAGGUUUUAUUUGAAUUAUAUGCAUAUGGCUUGAGGGAUAGCGUUAGUGAUCUUGCCCUUAAUGAGGCAAACAAGAAGACAAUUGUUGAUGCAGUUAAAAAGGCUUUGCUGUGGCUUAAUGCGAACCAACUUGUGGAAUGCAGUAAAUACGAGGAUGAAAGGGCAAAGCUUGAGAGUCUCUGCAAUCCCAUCAUUGCAAAAGCCAAGAUGCGUCAGACUGCUGGUAGCAAAAGUCAAGCUUGUAGCAAAGUGGGUCGAUGAUCGAUAGUCCUGCUUAAGCUGGUGUUAGUCUUCGUUUGCUUUCCUGUGGCAUGUGGAUUCAUAGGUUUAUUAUUUGUAUGGAUUGCUUCUAUGAGCAUCUUAAUUUUAUGAUAGCUAGAUAGAAACAACAUUACAUGCAUUAACAUUUUGUUAACGUUUCUUUGGAAAUUGAAACACAGGCAGAUACUGAAUUACAAGCAUGGCAUAUAUUGUAAGCAUUAA